AUGUCUCGCGCUGGAUUGUGGGUGAAGGUCAUCAUUGGCGGCAUCGCCAUUUCCGUUGGUGGCCCUGCCUUCGUCGAAUACAUCCGACCCACCGAUGAGGAGCUUAGGAAGCGGUACAACCCAGAACUCCAGAAGCGCAGUGCGGAACAGGGAGAGCGCCGGGCGCAGGAGUUUGACGAUUAUGUUACCAAGCUGAAGGAGUGGUCCAAGUCUGACAAGUCCAUUUGGUACGCCGCACAGGAAGAAUUGGAUCAGAAGCGUGCGAUUAUCGAGGCUCAACGGGUCAAAUCGAAGGAGGAGGACCGGAUACAACGGGAGGAGAUGCGCAAGGAGAUGCUGGGCGAGGAGAAGAAAUAA